AUGACCGACACGAAGAAGGAAGUGAUCAACGAACUGUACGAUGCUGCGCUAUUAACAACCGGAGUUGUUGGGGUAUCCUACCUUGCCAAAACGGUUUCCGGAAAAAGCCUCGGUGCACCGAUGACCUUGGAAGGAGCAGCAAAGCUUGCCGUUGCCGUAGCCGGAAGCGCAUUCACCAUAGGGUAUCUUAAGGAUAAGGGUUACAUCCCAAAAAUGAUUAACAAAUAAAAGAUGACAUCUAUUGUGGUAGGAGGACUCUUUAACGCCGUGUCCUUUGCUGGAUCCGGUUUCCUAUUCUCCAAGUUGAAUGGGCAAGGCUAUAAAGAAGAAGUGAAAAGACAUAACCAAGCCCUAGAGAAGCUUGCGAAAGCUAAGGAGAUCGAAGUUCUACGAAUCCGAGGUAAAGCGGAGGAACGACGAGGUAAGACGGAGGGCUGA